GAUGUUCAACCACUGAGCCACACCGGCCGGGCACAAACUCUCCUUAAGAGAGCAAAAGUCCCAAGAGUUGGACCUCAGGCUGUAAAUAAAUCUGGAAAGGAAAAAAAAAAAAUUGUGUCUCACCCAUAAGCCGAGGGAGGAACAGGGUCUGGCGGGAGAGUGGAUUGGGAGAAACAAGAAUCAAAAGAGACAGAGACUAGGCCUAGCGGAAGAAUGUGAGCGGUGAUUGGCCAGGAGUAGAGUCGGGCCCGGACACGCGAAACCACUGGGCCGUCAAAGGGCGUGGUCUGAGCCGCCAGGGGGUGGAGCCUACCAAGGGUCGCAUCCAAUGGGAAUAGGAGGCGACCCGUAGGCUGGCUGAAUGAGGACCGGAUCUUAGAGGAGUGACGGCCCAAAAGGAAGCCCCGCCCCAGGGACAGGGCCUGCCUCUUCAAAUCUCUGCUUCUCAUCUCAGGGGCGGGGUUUCAUCCCUAGAGGUUCCGCCUUGGGUUCUCUAGAGGGUUUGGGGAAAUGAAAGUCACCAAGGACCCGGCCUGGUCCAACUCGUGAUCCGGCGCCUCGGGGUCCCAACACAGACUCCCCGACUCCAGCCCCAUGGCCACGCUGAGCCUGCUGCUCCUGGGCGCGCUACUCUGGGUCCCAGUGGGGACCCUGACCUGCUACGGGGACUCGGGGCAGCCCGUGGACUGGUUCGUCGUCUACAAGCUGCCGGCCAGUGACAGGUACAAGUACUUGGAUGCGGGCUCAGGGGGCUGGCGCGACGGGACGGGGUCCAUGGACAACCUGAAGGGCGCCGUAGGCCGCAGCUUGCUGCCGCUGUACCGGAACACCAGCCAGCUUGCCUUCCUACUUUACAAUGACCAGCCACCUAAUAACUACGGGACUCAGAACUCUUCCAGCCGCGGGCACACGAAGGGUGUGCUGCUUCUGGACAAAGACGAGGGCUUCUGGCUGAUCCACAGCGUUCCAAGGUUCCCUCCACCCGCUGCAUACAGCUGGCCUCCUAAAGCCCACAGAUACGGGCAGACCCUCCUCUGCGUGUCUUUUCCGUUCGACCAGUUCUCAAUCAUUGGCAGACAGCUGACCUACACCUACCCCAAUGUGUAUGCCCACCAGCUGGAAGGGGUCUUCCUCAAGAAAUUACCUGUCCUGGAGGAGGUGGUCCAGGGCCACCAUGUUCUCAACAGACCCUGGAACAGCAGCGUGACACUCACAUCAAAGGCCGGGGCCACCUUCCAGAGCUUUGCCAAAUUUGGGAAAUUUGGAGAUGACCUAUACUCCGGCUGGUUGGCAGAAGCCCUUGGAAGUGAUCUGCAGGUCCAGUUCUGGCAACAUUCUCCUGGCAUCCUGCCCUCCAACUGCUCCGGGGCCCAGCAAGUGCUGGAUGUGACUCAGGUCGCCUUCCCUGGACCAGCUGGGCCCACGUUCAGUACCUCAGAGGACCACUCCAAGUGGUGUGUAGCCCCAGAAGGGCCCUGGGCCUGUGUGGGUGACAUGAAUCGGAACUGUGCAGAGGAGCACCGAGGUGGGGGCACACUGUGUACCAAGCUGCCUGCCUUCUGGAAAGCCUUCCAGCCUCUGGUGAAGGCCUGGGAACAUUGUAAGAGAAGGGCAGCACCUCAUCUGCAGAAAGCCCAGCAGAGCAUAUAGGAGGCUGUUUGGACUUCAGUUUAAAUCCCAGUUCAGUCCCUUAUUGUGUGACCUUAACUGUGUGCCUUAACCUGUGACUCAGUUUACUCAUCUGCAAAAUGGAAACCAUAACACUUGACUCAAAGUUUAUGAGGAAUAAAAGGAAAGUGGUA